CCAGAAGAAGAGCAUUCUAUCAGACACAAAACCUCUGAGCACCCCCACGCCAUGUGCCUCCCUCUCCCUGUGUGUUCAAGCCUCGCUGACUAUGGAUUAACUACAGUUACGGUUAAAAUCUGUAAACAAUGGAGAAUAUCUCAGUUUACCAUGGGAACAUUAGCCGUGAAGAUGGAGAAAAACUUCUAUGCGAGGCUGGAAAAGAUGGAAGCUACUUACUACGUGAUAGUGAGACAAAACCUGGCAUGUAUUGUCUUUGUGUCCUCCAUAAAGACGUCAUAUACACUUACAGAGUGUUCAAAACAACGACUGGGUCCUGGUCAGCAGAGGCAGCACCAGGGGUUCCAAAAAGAAUGUUCAGGAAGAUUCAGAAUUUGAUCUCUGCUUACGCGAAACCAGGUCAAGGCAUUGCAACACACCUGCAGUACCCAGUUGAGAGGAAAAUAUCUGAAAAAGCAAAAGAAGCCGCUUACAGAAGAUUAGACAGGAGGACAGGGGACUCCAGUCCUUUAUGCCUCCCCACCAGCAUGUCCAGAGCAACUCAAAGAGAGGUUAACAAAGGACAUGGACAGCGUUGUCUACAGGAAAUUUGUGUCUGAGAAAAUAGUAUUAUGUACAUUUUAUACUUGUCUAUAUAGAAAAUGUGAUCAUAUGCUGUAUCUGUGUUUAAAAGAAAUACUUUAUUUAGGUAGUGUGAACUCCGGUUGAUAUGCUAACACUUUAUAGAUCUGUUCAUUAAACAUGAUAUAUGCAAAUUAUGUUUCCUGUGCUCUUGAUCACCAGUAAAAAUGAGAUAAUCAGUCAUUCA